GUGUGUGUCAUGGCCAAUCAUGUUGUCAAAUUCUAUGUUGAAGAAGGGCUUGAAUCUUCAAUUUAUGGUUUAGGCACUGAGCUUGAAUUCUAUAGUGCACUUUGCAAAAUUGAUUCCCCUUUGAAAAACCACAUUCCUGAAGUUUUUGCUAGUGGAAUACUUUACUUGGAAAAUGGAUCUUACAAAAUUGUGCCUUGGGAUGGUAAAGAAGUGCCUGAUGCUAUUCGGAGGUGCAAUCUGGUUCCAGCAAAAUACAUUGAAGAUGGUUUCCCUUUUGGUGUGUGGGCCAGGAAACUGUUUGAGUAUAGAAAAUCUGGGUCAUCUUCAAGUGUAUCGAACAGGCCAGUUGAAUUCCCAAAGAUAUGGCCUUAUAUUAUAACAAAACGUUGCAAAGGGAAGAUCUUUGCCCAGAUAAGAGAUGCGCUGUCAUGGGAACAGACGCUAAACUUAGCUUCCUUUCUGGGAGAGCAGCUACGGAACCUUCAUUCCCUGCCCUAUCCACGUUUCUUUCCUUCAGCUUUCUUAGACACUAAACAGAAAAUAGACAUGUCCUUUACCAAUGGCAUGGAAGAUGUCUCUUAUGAAGCAGCUAUCCCAUUUGAAUGGCAAAUCUUCAUCAGAACCCUAAGACAGAAGAAGAAGGAUGCUGCAAGCCGCUUGGUUAAAUGGGGAGAUCCAAGUCUUAAGACACUGAUAGAGAAAGUUGAUGAAUACCUGCCAGAUGAUUUUGUAAAGUUGCUUUGCAUCUUUGAGGAUGAAAAUAGCAUGAAAAGAGUUGGUAAACCUUGUUCCUGGUUACACUCAGAUAUUAUGGAUGAUAACAUCUACAUGGAACCAUGCGGCAUUAGAUCUUGCUCAAAUGGCAAUUUAGAUGCUGCCUUGAUGGAGAAUGUUCCAAUGGAUGCAUGUGAUGAUGGUGGCGAAGGAAAAUCAUGGCGUCCUAGUUAUCUUCUUGAUUUUACUGAUCUUUCUAUAGGUUAGUGGUUUUCAUUGGUUUGCAGUGUUUAUUCAAUGUAUUCAUCUGUACCAUACUGCUUACCAUAAGAUAUGCACAUACACUAAAAACUCAAAACGCACUCCUUAUGUGUUAUCACCAUUUGAGUCAUGAAAGUUAAUGAACCUCUACCACCUGAUUCAUCUUUCCUUUUCUGUGUAGAAUUCUUUUAUAGACAUUCAUCCUGAUUGAACUUCAGGGCCUUUUUUAGGUAAAAAAGAGGAAAAAAAAGGUUUUACAUUUCUUGCAUACAAGAAAAUGCUUUGUCCAUAAUCAUGUUAGUCCAAAUCAGUCUCAUUCGGUUUAAAGAAAUAGCAAUUGAGACAAUGCUCCUGUAAUGUAUUUGUAUGACCUUUGAAGAAUAAAGCAAGAAUAAAGCAUCUUUUUGUUUGUUAACUUGGAUUUGAUCUUUUUGCAGGUGACCCCAUUAAUGACUUGAUACCUAUACAUUUAGAUGUCUUUAGAGGUGAUUCUCGUCUCCUGAAGCAGUUUUUCCAAAGCUAUAAACUACCUCUGGUGAGAGGAACUGCAAAGCACAAGUCAUGGGGUAAUGGUGACAAGUUUGGACGUCUAUCGUAUCAUGCCAUGUGCUACUGUCUUUUGCAUGAUGUGAAUGUGGAUAUCUUGAGUACAAUUUUUGGUAUAUGGAAGGAACUUAGAACGGCAAAGUCAUGGGAAGCGAUUGAGCAGACUGUAUGGGGAGAAUUAAAUGAUUACCAGGGAUUCGCCUGAUCAAUGAUCGGUCUUUGCAUUUCAUUUAUUUUAAUAUUCGUGCAAAAUAGCCAUGCUUCACAUGACAUCUUGAAUAAUUGAUGAUCUGAUUAUUUGAUUGUAUUCAUGUACCAAAAACAUUAUUUUGUAUUCGAUUCACGUGUAAUUUAUGACAAUAGAAUUAUACAAUUAAAAAGUUAUUUUUUUC